AUGGGAAUUAAAGGCCUCAAUCGACUUAUUUCUGACAAUGCUCCAGAGGCCAUCAGGUCGUCUGAGAUCAAGAACUUCUUUGGUCGAAAAGUGGCAAUCGACGCGUCCAUGUGUCUCUACCAAUAUCUUAUAGCUGUCAGACAGGCUGAUGGUCAGCAGUUGAUGAACCAGGAUGGAAACACCACUUCUCAUUUAUCUGGCUUCUUUUACAGAACAAUUCGAAUGGUUGAAAAUGGUAUCAAGCCUGUUUAUGUGUUUGAUGGGAAACCACCAGACUUGAAAGCUGGCGAACUAGAGAAGAGAAAGACCAGAAGAGAUGAGGCAAUCAAAAUGGGCGAACAAAUAAAAGACACAGGUACCAUGGAAGAAAUCAAAAAAUUUGAAAAGAGAACCGUUAGAGCUACAAGAGAGCAAAAUGAAGAAGCCAAAAAAUUACUCAAGUUAAUGGGAAUUCCCUUCAUAAAUGCCCCAUGUGAAGCUGAAGCCCAAUGUGCUACUUUAGCUAGAGACGGAAAAGUAUAUGCUGCUGCCAGUGAAGAUAUGGAUACUCUAUGUUACCAACCGACUUAUCUAUUAAGACAUUUGACAUACAGCGAAGCAAGAAAGAUCCCUAUUGACGAAGUUAACGCUGGUGUUGCUAUAUCCGAUCUAGGCUUGACAAGAGAAAGCUUUAUCGAUUUAUGUAUACUACUAGGCUGUGAUUAUUGUGAAACAAUACGAGGUAUUGGUCCGGUAACUGCUUUCAAAUUAAUCAAAAAACAUCAAAACUUGGACAAUAUCAUAGAAUUUAUUAAAAAGGAUGAAAAACUAUCCAAAAAAUACAUAAUACCUGAUAAUUGGAUUUAUAAACAAGCAAGAGAACUAUUUUUAAAUCCAGAAGUUAUAAAUUCAGAUGAAAUUAAUCUAAAAUGGGAAGAACCUGAUCUAUCUGGCUUGGUUGACUACAUGUGUAAAGAAAAUGGUUUUGCUGAAGAUCGUAUCAAAAAUGGUGCUGAAAAAUUGAAAAAAUCUUUAAAAACUGGCGUUCAAGGCAGAUUAGAUACCUUUUUCAAAGUCAUUCCUAAAACUGAUGCUCAAAAAAAGGCCUCCUUGGACAAAAAGAGAAAAUCAAAUUCAAAUGAUAAAAAGAAUAACAGUAAAAAAACCAAAACAAGUUUCAGAAGAAAAAAAUAA